UCAAAUGAAAUGUAUAUUACAAAAUGUCGAAAAUUAAAAAUUAAGUUACAAAUUAGAAUAUAAAAAAUUUGAAAAGCUCAAAAGAUGUUUUCUUGUAUUUAACAUCUUGAUUUUGCUCAGAAUAGAAGAUUUAAAAAAUGAUCAUGGGCUGUUCACAUAUAUGUGAAUCUUUGAUGCCUUAUUGAUCGCGUAUAAAUUUAAUAAUCAAAAAUUAAAACAUUGAAAUUAUGUUCAACUUUUUGAAAAGAGGCUGUGAAUUUUUUUGUAACAUUUUUUUUAAUGUAUAAAAAUUACUCAAAAUUACAAAAAUUAUGAAAAGUUCAUGUGUUUAAAUGUACAUGAAUUUUUAUGAAAUUGUUAAUCUAGAAAAAAAUUGUUAUUGUUAUGAAAUUGUGACUUAUUAAUAAUAAAAUUAUGACCUAAAGAGUGAAAGAAAAAAAAAACCGUGUUCUCAGAUUUGUAAACAAGUUUUACAUAUUCUGCAGAAACGGAAUAGGUGUUAAAACUUUUCUCUGAAUUACAAUUAAUUUUUAUUUUUUCCAUUAAAAGGUAAAAAAAACAAUCGUGUAAUUAUACAUAAUAUAGAUUAUUAAUAAUUAUAAAAUAUAUCAUUUUAAUGAUAAUAAAGUUAAAUAUAAUUUAAUUGAAAUUCAAAAUAAUUUAAUUGUAAUUAAAAAAGCAAUUCCGUAAAAUUUAAUAUUUGUAUUUGAAAAAUCAUUAUAAUUUAUUUAAAUAAUAAUUAUAAUGAUCUUUUCAUAUUUAAAAAAUUGUAACUGGAAUACAGGGUGUUCAAAACGUUCAAUAUCUCCUAAAAGUAUUAUUUUAGAAGUAAAAUUAUUAAUUAAUAUCAAAAAUGAAAUUUUCAGGGUGCUCGAAACUAUUUUAUAGCCCUGUAUUAUUCUAAUAAUUAUUUAAACUUAAAAGAAUUAUACACAGCGUGUACAAUAAUGUUCAAUGUAAAUACAAAAUUAUUAGAAAAUAAAGUGCAAUAUUUUGAAAAUUUGUUUGAAAUUUUGUUUAGUUAAAUAUUUUAAUUUCACUUAAUUUUUAAUAUAAUUUUAAAGAAAAACUCACCUGAAAAAAAUUUUUCUUUUCAGUAAAAGCAGCUUUCCGUCAAUUAUUUUGAAAUUUCCGCGAUAAGUAUUCAAAAAAUAAACUUUUAAUUUCCGACGUGUUGUUCCGCAAACACGUUCAGGUUGUACCUUUUUUUUGCAUUGUUUUUCUUCAAAUUGUCAGCCUAAAAAUUUAUAAAUUAUGUUUAAAUUUCCAUAAUAAAUCGUGAAUGGAAUUAUUCUGUCAAGGGUGAAAAAGAAAUCGACAAAAAAAAUACUGCAAUGGUAUCGUUUAGACAAAAUGAAAAAAAUAUAUUUACAUCAUUAUGUCUUUGUGCAAAUAUUGAUGUUCCUAUUUCAAACUCAUCCAUUAAGUAGUUUUCCUAAAACUACGAAUUCUACUUUGAGCGAACUCAAAAGUCUUUUCAAUGAUAAAGAAAUGAAUAAUCCCAAAGUGUUUACCAAGAGUAUUUAUAAAAAUGACCAAGAAAAUCUUCGCAGAUCUAAGCGAGAAUUUCAUAAUCAAAAUAUUGUUUCAAAUAAAAAAUCUCUCGCAAAAAGAGAAACAAAUUAUAGAACAAUAUUUGAAAACGAUGAUAUUGAAAUACAGGAGGAAGAAAUGGUGCAAGAAGAAACAGAAAAUAAUAAUAUAAAUCGUUUCAAACGAAACAACAAGAAGUCGAAAACCAAAAAAAAUUUCGAAAAACGUAAAAUAAACAAAAGAAAAAGAGAUGGAAGAAAUUUUAAAAAUCAAAGAAUAAAAAAAAGAAAUGAACAAAAUUCUAAAGAUUUACGAGCAAUUUUUAAAAAUGAAACAAAUUUUUUAUCAAAAAAUAAUAAUAAUAAUAUAAAUAAGUUGAAAUUAUAUCAAAAUAAAACGAAAGACUCAGGUGAAAUGAAACAAAAAAUAGAAUUUUUUGUGAAAGAUGGUGAAUCUGAAAAUGAUUUUGAACGUAGAGUAGCGCGACAAAUAAGAGAAAAAAUUGACGCAAUAAAGGAAGAAAUCAAACGUGAAGUGGAUGAAAGAAGAAAAAUAGAAGAUAUUAAAGAAAAUAAUUACAUGUUCGACGAAUUACAGAGGACAAAAUUUAAUGUUAAAUGUCAAGAUUUUUCAAGUGCAAGACGAUCCUUGAAAAAACGUCACUUGAAUUCAAAUUCAUCGACACGGAAACGUAAGAGAAAAAGAUGUUUUGCACAUCAAAAUAAUUCAAAACGAAAUAAAAAAAUUAAUUCUUUUUCAUCAAAACAGAAAUCUAGUGAUAGAAUUUAAGAGAUCAACCCUAAAAAAAAGAAUAAUUAAACAUUUAGUCAAAAUUAUUUAGCAAGAUAAA